AUGGAAACUUCUAUUGAACAUAUCGAGGUAACGAAUCGUGGAAUAAUCGAUGAUGAAGCUGAGAAGGCUAUCGCCAUUUGGGAAAAAGGUGUAGCCAAAGAAAAGGUUGGUUUAAUGAAUGAUGCAAUCAGGUACUACAGACAGGCAUUAAAGAUUCAUGAAGGUGUUGAGAAGAUAUAUAGGAAAAAAUUGCAACAGGAAUGGGAAUUACAAAAAAAGUUAUCACAGCUAAAUUUAAAUGAACUAGGACAGUCAAAGGAUACCGAUUCAGUUAGUGGUGAAACCACAGAUCACCAAGGGUCUGUUGAUGUACUUCCGUGUUGGAUACUUGAGAUGUUACCCAACGACUUAUUACUUAAAGUUAUAAAACAAGUUGUUUUGCAAUCUGGCGAGUCAUGGGUAAAUUUAUCAUUAACUUGUUCAACUUUUAAUAAGUUAUGUUUCCACACAACUCUACCUUUCAAUACAUUUUCAAAUUAUAUAUAUCCUGAACAGCACUAUGAUGAAAGCACCAUGACAAUUAAUGGCAUAAGUAAUUUAAAAGCUUUAGAAGAGGAGAUAUGGAAUAAUGAUACAAAGCAAAUGCUAAAAGAUAGACCAUAUAUUAAAUUCCAGGGUCUUUAUAUUAGUACGGUCAAUAUCUUGAGACAUGGAGCCAAUGUAGAAGGUUCAUCCUCAUUUUUAAAUCCUAUUCAUAUGAUCACAUAUUACAGAUAUUUCCGUUUCUACCCAGACGGAAGCUGUUUACGAUUAUUAACCACAGAUGAACCAACAAAGGUAGUCAACCAUUUCCACAGAGAACUGCCACCGAAAUAUAGUGAAAGCUGUCGCUGGAGUCUAGGCUUCGACGAUAAUUUUGGACAUCUAACAAUUACAAGAUCAAACGAUAAAUAUUCGUUCAUCGAAGAACUUAAAAUUAAAAACCAUAGUAACAGAAGACAUCAUAUUUUCAAAUGGUUUAGAUCUGCAGUAAUUGAUAAAGAAGGAAAUGUAUCGGAAUUGUCAUUAAGAAAUGAAAAAACUUUCUUCUUCUCAAGAGUUAAAUCAUACUCUGAAAAAUUCAUCCCUCCCACAUACCAAAACAACAACGACACAACAGAAUAG